AAUUGUUAUUUUCCAAGUUACAAUUUUUUGAGCGCUCUCAUGUCAGACGGCUCUUUAGAAAAGCUUUUGCAAGGAGACAGCCAUCACAAGUUUCGAAGAACCCCACUACAAGUAUUAAAAGAACUUUUAGAGGAAAAUUUGUCUGCCAGACUGUUGAGCGCGGAGAAGCGCAAGCAGUUCGAGAAGUGUAGCUUCCUUUGCGACUUCGUAAUAACCGUAUGGGACGAGAUUCACAAACGUUGUAAGAAUGAUCCUGAACUAGAGGAAGCAAACGUUUUGCGUAUUCUGGAUCAGAGUGCUUUCCUAAUAGCUAGUUUUCUGAAAUACAAAAACUUUGAAGUUUUUGAAAAGGCGGGUCCGUCUUUGUCAAUGUCGUUGCGUGGACUUGAAGGGGAUUUUCUUCAUCAGACUGUAAACAAUAUUAUUUGUUUCUUGAGAGCUGUCGGUGUGAAGUUACAGGAAACCCCUGAACACGAUAUUUCAGCAGAAGCAAUUUGGGAGUUUCUGAGCUCUGCUUCUAUGGCUUUACUAAAAGAGUUAGAUGGACAGAAAGUGAGACUUGAAUAUCUUUUCGAAACGUUUAGUGUCCGACAGUCCGACAGUGUUUCCGAAGCUAAUGUUCUAUUCUACGGAAUACUUGAAAGGAGGAUCAGUCUUCUAAAGAAGGUUAUUGAAGAAAAUCGACGAAAGUUUAUGAGCCGCUUUGCUGACUUGACUGCCAAUCGACAGUAUGUGUCUCCGUUUAGGGUUGCUCCAGAGGGAAGAACUAUUAGCGUUGCUUUCAGUGAAAAGUUUAGUAAGAAUACAUCCUCCAAAGUAGUUGCAAAAACUGCAGUAACUGUCAUGAGCAAAAUUGAGAGGCUUCCUUAUGAAUAUUUUACGUGGGUACCCUUGAAAACCAAUUACAAAGUAAACGAAAUUGACCUGAGAAACGAACCGAUAUCCUUACCUUUUUUGGAGGACAACAUUCAAAGUGAGAUUUAUACGAAGUUGUUGAAGCAAAACUCCCCGUUGGUGGAAAGUGACUUAUUUCCGCAGAACGCCAAUCGAAUGAAUACUGAAAGGUUUUCCUUGGCAGAUAAGGUACGUUUUGACUUUCUCUGUACACUUACGUUACUAAUUUUGGAGAAAAAUCAUUCUGUUUCAGCAGAUCAUAUGUGCACUUACUCAAGUGUAUGUCCAGAAACAUAUCUCCCUCUGAUAGGGACUGUGCCGAAGAAUCUUUUACCGAUUAAUGGAGACACUACUGCUGAAUUCCUUUUUUCUCGCCUGUUUGAGGGAAGGAACUAUGAAAGACCCACCGUUCAAAAAUUAGAUUCGUGCUUGAAUAAUUCAGAACAAGCGCAAGAUCUUGGAACAGUUCUUAGAAAGUGGUUUUGUAGAAAGUGCUAUACCUACGCUUGCGGAGAACAUCUUCCUACAGAAGUUUCUUUACCUCAGAAAUUUUUCAAUCUUGCGUAUGAAGCAAAUGCCACACCAGUUUUAUCUCCGCCUUGUCUGAAUGGUUGCGUAUUUAAUGUAGAAGCACCGUCGUGGUACGGUGUUCGUUGUCACGUUUGGACAAAUGAAGAUGUUGUGGCUUUUAAAAGCUUUUUGAGAGUUUUUGGAAACAACUGGUGUGACAUAGCCACCGUAUUCUUUCAAAAACACAGUUGCUAUGAGUGUGCAUUCUUUGCAGAGUCUAAUAGCUCAUUUAGAAAAAAAGCAACAAAGAAGAAUGGCCAACGUAAGAAGAAUCAGAGCAAUCGCAAUUCCACCGUGAUUAUCAUGGAUCAUAUACAUUGCUCUCAUGAUGACGACUGUAAUUCUGAAAACUGCUCAUGCAAGAAGCAAGAGUUAAAAUGCGAAAAGUACUGUCCUUGUUAUCUUCUUUCACAAGGCAACUGUCGAAAUUCAUCUACAUGUUGUUUCUGCGAGAAUGGAAAAUGUUUGAAUGGACAAUGUCCUUGUUUUAUAGAAAAUCGUGAGUGUGAUCCGGACAGAUGUUCAUGUUUUGCACGACUUCGAAAGAAAGGUACAUGGGAUGAAAGUAUAUAUACCUGCAAAAAUAUCGGAAUACGUACCAAAGCCCAUAAAAGGUUGUUCAUUGCUCGGUCAGAUUAUCAUGAAGGUGGUUGGGGCUUGUUCAUUACCGAGCCAGUUGAAAAACACGAGUUUAUUUGUGAGUAUAAAGGUGAACUUGUGAGUCUCGAUGAGUGUGAAAGACGUGAAAAAUCGUAUCAAGCCAUGACAGACAUGACAUUCGUCUUCAAAAGAGGAGAAGUUUAUAUUGACGCGACCAGAAAGGGUGGAAAAGCAAGAUUUGCAAAUGAACCAGGAACAAAAGCACUUCCAAACUGUUAUAGUCGCUACAAGCGUACUAUGGGAGAUAUACGUGUUGGUAUAUACGCUGAUAGAAAUAUUCAAGCAGGUGAAGAAAUUUUAUUCAAAUAUGAAUGCUGAGCUAUUCAAAAUUACUAAUAUUAUAA